AUGCCUGGCCUUUCGAACACAGUCCACGAGCCGAGGUCAGGAAUAUAUUGCAACAACUGUAAUGCUAUCAUUCGAAAACCAAAUGCUCCUGCGGUGCCAUCCAGUGAAAGAGUCGUUGUAGUUGAGGAAGGCCCGUAUACAGUAACGGCAACUGACGAUGCAACACCACCGCUUCUGAUAUCCCUCGAUGCAAACGACCCAUCUUCUGCCCCCGAUACUACUGCAAUCCCUUCUAUCAUGCCAUCGCAUCCGACUGCGCAAGCAUGGAAGUCACCCAAGAACUUUACAGUUACAGUACCCAUUGUCGUUCAUUUGCCUGUCGAGGCAUUCUACCGCAACUUCCCGACAGAUGCAUCGGGACGACGAAGAAGAAUAAUUACGACGAACUUGACCUAUGAUGUGACAGUCGAGCUGCCAGAGACCCGAAUACCUUCAGAAGGCAAUCCAUUACCAACGUCAUAUGCGCGACCCGUCAAUCCAUGGUCUUCCACUACCGGACAGUGUCGAUCGACGGUCAUUGAUGAACCCGAGUCUCUCCCACGCUCCAAAUCAGGCCAUUAUGAACACGCUCCGGAUACUCCCCAGUCUUCCGAGCAGCCUGACAUGAACUUUCCUGGCACAGGCAUCGAUGAGAUCACGCCUUUGUCUGACAAACAGCUCGGCAUGAACGCUUCUGACAGAGCUGGAGAUGGACGAGUUCUUCGCUCUGAUUCUGCGCAAAACACGCCGCAGCUGAUAAAGCGCCCUUCAGAGGAAGAAGUCAUUGGACACAACUGGAUCAAGUUUCAUGAUGAAGGACAGGCGCAUGUAUCGCUCAGUGACAACCCGCCCCAGAUGACGACAAUGCAGGAAUGCCAUGCGCCGCGAGACUCGAGAUGGGUCGCUUUGCGAAACAAAUUGCGUGAUACUGGAGAACACAUUGGAGGGAAGCUUAAGGAAUCUGGGGAUUACGAAGGCAACAAGUUGAGGAAGGAAAACGACCCCAGGAAACAGGGUGAAGGCCGAGCGGGAAGGGCGUUUGAUUUCUAA